UAAAUAGGCUCUAUGCACAACCAUAGACAGUGCACAACUUACUCUAUGCACAACUUUACACUUAGAGUUUUUUAUUUUAUUUUACAAAAUUCAUUCUGUUCUGUUAUGCCAUGCCAGUCUGACAGAGAUUUCGAGAUGGCAGUUGUGUGUAGAAAGACGGACUGAAUUUAACGUUUCCGUUAUAAAUGACUAAGCCAUGAAGUAGGCCUUGUUGUUAAUGCUAUUCCGAUUUCGCUAUUUUUUAUUUUUAUUUUUGUUAAAACGAAUAUCACCUACACCAUUGACGGUGAUUGCUCUAACCCACUCUAAUUUUGUGCAAGACCACAUAUCUCAUGUUGAAGAUUAGCUGACGGGAAAUUUUGUAUUUCUCUAAAAUUGCUCUGGAUUAUAACGUUGCCUGCCUGCUCCUCACCGUAUUGGCCUUCCUCAUGUGUAGGUCUGAUCCUUGAGUUGGACUUCAACAAAGCAACAAUGGGUACAGGUGGGACGGUGGUUUCUGAAAGGAGGGGUGCAGUGAUGGUCAUUGGGAUUAACCGUCCUGAAGCGCGUAAUGCGGUAAAUCAAGAGACUGCUCAGAGACUGACCGAGGAGCUGACAGCCUUUGACCAGGACAACAGCCUUGAUGUGGCUGUGCUUUAUGGAGUUGGAGGGAAUUUCUGUGCUGGUUUUGAUCUGAAGGAGUUGGCUCAGAGCUCUGGUUCCCUCAAACUGGAGCAAGAUGUUUGCCGUGGUCCUGGUCCCAUGGGUCCAUCUCGUAUGAGGCUCUCAAAACCCUUGAUCGCAGCAGUCAGCGGGUAUGCUGUGGCUGGAGGUCUGGAGCUGGCCCUGCUGGCUGACCUGAGGGUGGUGGAGGAGAGCUCCAUCAUGGGCGUUUUCUGCCGCAGAUUUGGUGUUCCAUUGAUUGAUGGGGGUACUGUGAGAUUGCCACAGCUGAUUGGUCUUUCUCGAGCUCUAGAUCUCAUUCUCACAGGCCGACCGGUGAAGGCGCAAGAGGCUUUAACAUUUGGACUGGCAAACAGAGUGGUGCCCGAUGGCCAAGCUCUUCAAGUGGCUCUUGAACUUGCUGAACAGGUCGGUGCAUUUCCGCAGCUCUGUCUCCGUGCCGACCGUAACUCCGCCUACCACUCUGUCUUUGACUCCUCCUCCUUCACCCAAGCCAUGCAAUAUGAGUUUGACCAUGGUCUGCCAGUCAUUCCAGCUGAAGCAGUCACUGGGGCAACAAAAUUCAGCUCAGGCUCUGGGAGAGGAGGGACGUUCUCUAAGAGUAAACUGUAAAUGGACAGCUGAUUGGAAAUAAGUCAGUCUGUGUAACUACUGUAGGUGGACAACCAGAAUGACGCAACCACCAGGUGGCGCAAAGGGACAUUUAGCGAAAGCAAAACGUAAUUAUGUAAAAUUAGCCUACAUUUUAAAUAGAAUAUAGCAAACUUUUAUAGCAGAACAUUUUAUGAAUCAAAAAAUAGGCCUAUCUCGCAGUCAGUGAAAAUAAACUGGGUGCAAUCAAUGACGCUAAACUAUUGAGGAAUGAGAAGGUUGAAGAGCACUUCUCUCACACGCGCACACACUGACUGCUGAACAACCGAACUUCUGGGAAUUUCUCAGAGAGAAAAGUUGUGGUCGAGUGGUAGAACUGAGGUUUCAAUCAUUUUGAUGACACUGUUUCUAAUCCCAAAUAGUCAUGGUAUUUAUAAAAUUACCAUGCAUUUCCAUUUUACACUAAGGAACAAAUCUCAUCCUGUUUACAUCCAGUUUUGAGUUUACAUCAGUUCUUCAAAUCAGUUCUGUUAAAAAAAAAAAAAAAAAAAAAAUAGAAAAUAAAACUUAAUGGGGUAACUUAAAAUAAUGUUUAAAAACAACCAAGGCGUGAUUUGCCGGUGGGGGAUUUCCCCCCUCCACAGUAAAAAAAAAAAAAAUAGAAAAUAAAACUUAAUGGGGUAACAUAAAAUAAUUUUUAAAAACAACCAAGGCGUGAUUUGCCGGUGGGGGAUUUCCCCCCUCCACAGUAAAAAAAAAAAAAUAGAAAAUAAAACUUAAUGGGGUAACAUAAAAUAAUUUUUAAAAACAACCAAGGCGUGAUUUGCCGGUGGGGGAUUUCCCCCCUCCACAGUAA